UCUAUGCCAGUGAUGAUGAGACUGUGGUGCGACAACACUACGUGCACUACGGUAACUCCUGUAUGGCCAUUCAAGUUGCCUAAUGUAAGUUGUGGCGGAAGACCUGCAAGAUCCCGGGGUGUUCACAUCACAAACUACAGGCAGGCGACACGGCGGAUGGACCAUGGAGUGUAUUCCAGUACCCAUUGAUGAUAUUGAGGGCAAAAAGGACUCAUUAAUAGAGGACCCAGAGCACAAUGCGUACACCAGGUUUAUGAAGUCCCAUCGGUGUUAUGACCUUGUACCUACAAGCUCUAAAUUGGUUGUGUUCGACACAUCCCUACAGGUCAAGAAGGCUUUUUUUGCUCUUGUUUCUAAUGGGGUAAGAGCAGCACCUCUGUGGGACAGUAAGAAGCAGUGCUUUGUUGGUAUGCUCACCAUCACAGACUUUAUUAACAUCCUUCAUCGGUACUACAAAUCUCCUUUGGUUCAGAUAUAUGAGUUGGAAGAACACAAAAUAGAAACAUGGAGAGAGCUGUACCUACAAGACUCUUUCAAGCCCUUGGUGAGCAUAUCGCCAAAUGCAAGUUUGUAUGAUGCUGUAUCUUCUCUGCUGAAGAAUAAGAUCCACAGACUGCCCGUAAUUGACCCGCUGACAGGAAACACGCUUUACAUUCUCACACAUAAGAGGAUUCUCAAGUUCCUGAAGCUUUUUAUAGCAGAGAUGCCCAAACCCUCAUUCUUGAGUCAAACCUUAGAGGAACUGAACAUUGGCACAUUCAACAAGAUAGCAGUGGUCCGUACAGACACACCGUUGUACACGGCGCUGGGUAUUUUUGUUGAGCAGCGAGUGUCAGCGCUCCCGGUUGUGGAUGACAAAGGGCGAGUGGUGGAUAUCUACUCAAAAUUUGACGUCAUAAACCUGGCAGCAGAGAAGACGUACAACAACCUGGAUUUAACAGUGACCAAAGCAUUGCAGCAUCGCUCGCAGUACUUCGAGGGAGUGCUGACCUGCAACAGACACGAGACCCUGGAGGCCAUCAUCAACAGACUGGUGGAGGCAGAGGUGCACAGGCUGGUGGUGGUGGACGAGCAGGAUGUAGUGAAGGGAAUUGUCUCCCUUUCGGAUAUUCUCCAGGCAUUAGUGCUAACCGAUGGAGAUGAGGGCACAGCUUGAAGAAGUGACUGAGAAUAAGGAGAGGCUGCACACACUUAAGUGGAGGUCAGACUAAAGGGUGAAACAGAAUAGAGAUUUUAGAAGGGAAACAUGCCAGUUCAUCAAGGUAGUCUUCCCAUUUAUUUCCUGUAACCAGGUGUCCUACAUUCCCACAUUGCACUCUGCAAAAAUCUGAAAUUUCAUCAACACAGCAAUAUAUAAAAGUAGCAGCACAAGACGUACAGAACCUCCUGUAUGUUGAGCCAAAUUCAAAGCCGCAAGAGAAAUCAUAUAAAAAGCACAAGAGGAGCUGUAGCCUUUUAACGUCCUCACCUUUGUAGCUGUAAUGCUGAUCUACAUAGAGGAGGGCCUUUGAUUAUGGCUUGAUUACAAUUGUAUUCCUGGUGAAAUUAAUUAAAUAAUCAGUUGUGUGCGAAAGAUAAGCUGAUUGACCUGUUUUAGCUGACACGUAGAUGCACAUAAUGUGUAUGUGGGUAGUUUUAAAGCUGUAGUAACUUUGUCAAAACAACAUACGAUCUUGUUAUGAGAUUUGUCUGAGCCUUAUUCUGUGUACAUAUACAUAUCAUGAUGUUAUAAGGCUCUAAUUAUUUUAUUCACCAUUGAAAUGCAGAGGUGGGGUCUAUUUUGUAAAUCGUUUUUACCUGAACAAACACACUUUUGUGACUUGCAAUACACACCUGUAGUUACUGAAGUAUUUAUCUGUAUGUGUUGUACAUAAAGUACAUACUAAGAGAAAACUGGCUGGCUAUUGUAAUAAUUAUUUAGCUUAAUUCAGACACUACACAUUUAAGACAUUGGUGAUAGCCAGUUGGUGUUGUUGGUCAGUUGUACUUAGAAAGUAAUUUAUAGGCAUUAGACUAUGCCUGGCCUCAGUCUAACAUUUCCAGUAAGCAGGUUCAAACUUGUGAAAAAUCAAAAAAUAUUCCUGGAUGAAUCUGAAUCAGUGCUGAAAAAUUGAGCAAUUUCAAUUUGUUAACAGUUAUGUCAAUUUGCUUGUUACCAGCAUGUGAAGAAUUCAAGCUUUCAGGGUUUCUAUAUUUUGUGUAGCCGAAAACAGCAAAGUAGAAAAAACAGGAAGAGCACUUUAAGCUCCUAAAACCUCCUCAUCUGUGAAGUCUGAAACAGCGUUGUUCAGUCUGCUGUUGUAGAAGAUUGUUAAAUGUGCUGCAUUCAGUCUGAAUGCACAAGCUCUGGAUAUUUAAGGGUUUUGUGUUUGCUUCUUUUUGUGUCGUUAGGAUGAAAGCAACAUUUUUAAUGAAUUGAAUGUUUUAAUUUAGACCUUUUUCUGCCUGUUACCCAAACUUUCAAUUUUGCCAACAUGAGCUUGCUUUAAUUGCUUUAAAUACUGCAGCCUCCUGCCCCCUAAGUGUCCUGACACUUUACAAUUAUUCGUCAAUUUGACAAUAUCAUUGUUCAUUGUUUGAUUUCAGUCUUUCUUUGUGGUGUUAUGAUGCAGUUUGUCACAAACAGUGAGGAUUUAAUAUCAGAUCUUAUAGGUUUAUUAACCCUUCAUCUGAGAGGGACUUCUUCAUAGUUAAUAAAUAUCACCAUGUCCAAGAACAUGUCACAUUUCCUGUUUUGGUAUGUGUGAAAUUGAACGUGUACAACUGUGUGUAAGUGCACGUUUUUUUUGUACUAAUCUGCACCAAAGUUAUGAUUUGAAGGAUGAGCAAUAAAGGUUCUUUGAAUUUA